AUGCCGUCCUCAGGUGAUUCAGAAGGUGGUUUCUAUUUGCGUUACUAUGUGGGUCAUCGUGGCAAAUUUGGUCAUGAAUUCUUGGAGUUUGAAUUCCGACCAGACGGUAAACUGCGUUAUGCAAACAACAGUCAGUACAAGAACGACACGCUCAUCCGAAAAGAGGCGUACGUGAGUAAACUCGUAAUGGAUGAACUGAAGCGUAUCGUUGAAGAUUCCGAGAUAUUACAGGCGAGUCUCCAGAGCUAUUUUAUUAGCAAUUUUCCGGAUGAAGAUAACUUUAAUACUAUCAGUCGUGACGACGAUGAAGAUGAUGCAAGUUGGCCUGAACCAGAUCGAAUAGGGCGUCAGGAACUUGAGAUUCUCUACAAUGAUGUGCAUAUUUCGUUUGCCACCAGUAAAAUCGGUUCAGCCGCGGACGUCAGCAACAGUCAAGAUCCAGACGGACUUCGAUCGUUCUAUUACCUCGUUCAGGAUCUCAAAUGUUUGGUAUUCUCGCUGAUCGGAAUGCACUUCAAGAUCAAGCCCAUCUAA